GCUUGGGCACUGGGGUAGGGUUAGGGGGCAGUUAAUUUAAGCCUCUGUGGGUGGGUGCUGUGUGUCUAUUCAGUGCAGGCAGAACAUCUUUCUGCUGAGGCAACAAACUGAAUUACAACCUGUAAUUUAAAGGGUGAGGUCAUCUUUAGCCGGUGGAGACAGUUGUGUGUCUGCAUGUGAGUGUCUGUAUGUGUGUCUGUGUCUCUCUGUUGUGGUGUGUGUUUGUGUGUUUAUGUCUCUCUGUGUGCCUCUUUUUGUGUCUCUCUAUGUCUGUCUGUUUCCCUCUUUGUGUGUGUGUGUUUCUCUCUCUAUCUCUGUCUCUCUCUCUUUCUCCCUGUGUGUGUCUGUGUGUGUGUGUGUGUGUGUGUCUCUCUCUCUCUCUGCCUGUGUGUCUCUGCCUGUGUGUGUGUCUCUCUCUUUGUGUCUCUCUCUUUGUGUCUCUGUCUUUGUGUCUCUCUCUUUGUGUCUCUGUGUCUGUGUGUGUUUCUGCCUGUGUGUCUCUCUCUCUCUGCCUGUGUGUGUCUCUCUCUUUGUGUCUGUGUCUGUGUGUGUUUCUGCCUGUGUGUGUCUCUCUCUCUCUGCCUGUGUGUGUGUCUCUCUCUCUCUCUGUGUGUGUUUCUGCGUGUGUCUCUCUCUUUGUGUCUCUCUCUUUGUGUCUCUCUCUUUGUGUCUCUCUCUUUGUGUUUCUGCCUGUGUGUGUCUCUCUCUUUGUGUCUCUCUCUUUGUGUCUCUCUCUUUGUGUUUCUGCCUGUGUGUGUCUCUCUCUUUGUGUCUCUCUCUUUGUGUCUCUCUCUUUGUGUCUCUCUCUUUGUGUCUCUCUCUUUGUGUCUCUCUCUUUGUGUCUCUGUGUCUGUGAGUGUUUCUGCCUGUGUGUGUCUCUCUCUCUGCCUGUGUGUGUCUCUCUCUCUAUGUGUCUCUCUUUGUGUCUCUGUGUCUGUGUGUCUCUCUCUCUCUGCCUGUGUGUGUGUGUGUCUCUGUGUCUCUCUUAUUGUGUUUCUGCCUCUCUUUGUGUCUCUCUCUUUGUGUUUGUGUCUGUGUGUGUGUGUCUCUUUCGGUGUCUGUCUGUGUGUUUCGCUCUUUGUGUGUGUCUCUCUAUCUCUGUCUCUCUCUUUCUCCCUGUGCGUGUCUGUCUGUGUAUCUGUGUGUGUCUCUCUGCCUGUGUGUGUGUCUCUCUGCCUGUGUGUGUGUCUCUCUCUCUUUGUGUCUCUUUCUGCCUGUGUUUCUCUGCCUGUGCCUCUGUCUGUGUGCCUCUGUCUGUGUGCCUCUGUCUGUGUUCAUCUCUGUGCGCGUCUGUGUUCGUCUGUGUGUGUGUGUGUGUGUGUGUCUGUCUGUGUGUCUCUGUGUGUCUGUCUGUGUGUCUGUGUGUCUCUGUCUGUGUGUGUGUGUGUGUGUGUGCGCGCCUGUGUGUGUCCACUCUCUCACAGGCUCUGAUGUUCUCACUGUGUCUGCCUAGCAAUGAGAAUAUAAGGUCACGUAGUCAGCUGGCCUCUCGCCUUGGACACACACACACACACACACACACACACACACACACAGAGUGUGUCUUUUUAAACACACUCCGACACAAUCUACACUAUACAUCCAAAUAAUUAUGGACCUAUUCUAAUAAAUGCAUUCAGCUAUUUUAGGUUGCACUCAUUGCUUCUGAUUGUAAUAAUAAAAUAAUUAUGGUGGUGAUGGUGCAGAGGAUGAUUAUGAUGAUGGUAUUGAAGAUAAUAGUGGUGGGGCACUAAUGAACAUGAUAAUGAUAAUGCAGAUGAUGAUAGUAAUAAAGAUAAUGCUGGAGGGUAUUUUGCCAAAAGUAUUCGCUCACUUAUGCAAUCACUUCCAUAGCCACAUGUGUGAUGAUGGUAAAAAGUAAAGCUGAUACUUUAUGGAUUAUUUGCCAUUUUGGGCUUCAUAAUAAAAGUCCCUAAGGCCAGAUCAUAUGAAUUAAAAGAUGUAUACAAAAAC